GCUGCGCCGCCCGGUCUUGGGCUUUGACACCGACCGCGAGCGGGAGCCGUGGCCCUGGUGCUGGGGACUGGACGCGGCGCUGCGGGAUCCCGCGCCGGAGUUGGGCGCAGGACUUUUUGCCUGGGUGAACGCAACUGCGGCGACGUCGCAAGUCUUGGUGCAGCCGCGGUGUCCAGAUUUCGCCGCCGCUACCGCCGCCCCCGGGAAGCCUUGCUCCCUCUGCCCGCCCUGAGAGGGCGACGCUGAGAGUUGCUGCUACAGAAAGAGCCGGGACGCGCCGCCCGAGGCGGCUUGGGACGGGGCCCGGGGCCCGGCCACCGACCCACACCCGCGCAGGUGGGGUCUGAGGCACCGGCCCGCGCGAUCUCAGGCCAGACUGGGGCUUCGGAACCGCAGGUGGACGCGGGGUCCGCCGGCGAGUCGGUGGCCAAGUGGAAAAUACUUUUGGCUCUUGGGGCAUGGAAGAUUUGGCCCCUGCCUGUGGUAACGGCUUCAGCCCCUGAUUCCUGUAUCUUCCAUUCUUCUAUGCGUGUACGAUCCAUCAAGCUUCCUCCCUAGCCAGAGAGUUCUUCAGCCGUGGUGAGAACCUCGUGGGCUUCUGAUCCUGGCCAGCCAUGGGGAGCACCCUGGGUUGCCACCGCUCCAUCCCCAGGGACCCCUCAGACCUGUCUCAUAGCCGCAAGUUCAGCGCCGCCUGCAACUUCAGCAACAUCUUGGUGAAUCAAGAGCGGCUCAACAUCAACACGGCCACGGAGGAGGAGCUGAUGACCCUCCCUGGGGUGACGAGGACUGUGGCACGCAGCAUCGUGGAGUAUCGCGAGUACAUCGGCGGUUUCAAGAAGGUGGAGGAUCUGGCACUGGUCAGCGGUGUGGGGGCCACCAAGCUGGAGCAGGUCAAGUUUGAGAUCUGUGUGAGCAGUAAGGGCAGCUCUGCACAGCAUUCUCCCAGCUCCCUGCGGCGGGACCUGCUGGCUGAGCAGCAGCCUCACCACCUGGCCACCUCGGUGCCCCUCACCCCUCGCGUCAACAUCAACACGGCCACCUCAGCCCAGCUCAUGAGCGUGCGCGGCCUCACGGAGAAGAUGGCCCUGGGCAUCGUGGACUACCGGCGCGAACAUGGGCCCUUUCGCAGCGUGGAGGACCUGGUGAGGAUGGAUGGUAUUAAUGCCACCUUCCUGGACAAGAUACGGCACCAGGUGUUUGCCGAGCGGUCCAGGCCCCCAUCUACCCACACCAACGGGGGCCUGACCUUUACAGCCAAGCCUCACCCCAGCCCCACCUCCCUGAGCCUGCAGAGUGAGGAUCUGGACCUGCCUCCAGGGGGUCCCACCCAGAUCAUCUCCACGCGGCCUUCGGUGGAGGCCUUUGGAGGCACCAGGGACGGGCGGUCUGUGCUGAGGCUGGCCACAUGGAACUUGCAGGGCUGCUCCAUGGAGAAGGCUAACAACCCAGGGGUGCGAGAGGUGGUGUGCAUGACGCUUCUGGAGAACAGCAUCAAGCUUCUAGCUGUGCAAGAACUACUUGACAGAGAAGCCCUGGAAAAGUUUUGUACGGAGCUAAACCAGCCAAUCCUGCCCAACAUCCGCAAGUGGAAGGGGCCCCGGGGAUUCUGGAAGACUGCGGUGGCCGAGAAGCCCUCCAGCCAGCUCCAGAAGGGCGUGGGGUACUCGGGCUUCCUGUGGGACGCGUCGGCCGGGGUGGAGCUGAGGGAUGCCGGCUUGCAGGAGGGCACGCCGAACAACGGGCACGGGAAGCCCACAAGCCCCAGCCCUUACCUUGCACACUUCAAGGUGGGAAGUAAUGACUUGACCCUUGUUAACCUUCACCUGGCGACGCUGACCCUCCCAGGCGGCGAGAUUCCAAGCAAGAAUCACAGUGACGGCCACCGGUUAGCGAGCUUCACGCAGACCCUGCAGGAAACCCUCAAAGGAGAGAAAGAUGUGAUUAUUUUAGGGGAUUUCGGUCAAGGGCCAGAUAGCAGUGACUGUGAUAUCUUGAGGAAAGAAAAAUUCCACCACCUGAUCCCUGCGCACACCUUCACCAACAUCAGCACCAAGAAUCCUCAAGGCUCAAAGUCUCUGGACAACAUCUGGAUCAGUAAAAGCUUAAAGAAGGUUUUCACAGGCCACUGGGCUGUGGUGAGAGAAGGACUCACCAACCCUUGGAUUCCAGAUAACUGGUCCUGGGGCGGAGUGGCUUCUGAGCAUUGCCCCGUGCUGGCUGAGAUCUACACUGAAAAGGACUGGAACAAAAAGGAGGGUCCUCGGAAUGGCAGCGGGGUCACCCUGGAGCCAAGUGAAGCCAACAUUAAGCACGAGCGGUGAUGACACCAAAGUGAUGUUUCCACAGGCAAGGAGUUGGCCCUUUGCGUGGGGGAGACCCAGCCACAGACACGGCUGCCUCUGCAUCUUCAUUCUGAGAGCAUGACGUGGGCCUCGACCUGCCGGCCCUCCGUGUAGACGUCUCAGGACCUCUGAUGGGGGAGACGGGCACGUGUGGGACACUUGCUGUGCUGGGGUGGUCCAAGCAGAAGCCCCGGGAAGAACCGAAAUGCCCUUUAACCUCAGCAGCGGAUUGAGGCAUCGUCCUUGUGAUAAAGAGACCAGUGACGGCGGCUGAGAAGGAAAGGGUGGGAGGCCUCUCGGGCUGCCCACCAGCCGGCUGGGCCAUGUCGGGGACGCACGCGUCUGACCCCCGGGAGGUGAUGUUCUGGCUGCAAAUUACCUAAAGCUUUUAACUGUGAUCGAGCACGCUUCUCAGAUGUUUUGAGUGGUGAUUUUUAGUUUUGUUUUGGAAAAAAAUAAAAUAAAUAGAGAUGA